GUUGAGGUGCGUCAGUCAGUGUGUGGUCGUGAAGCGUGGCCAAGGCAGUGCUCGCUAACCGUGGCACUUCCCCGGUACUCCUCCCCCGACGCCAGAGAGUGACUGCCUCCGCGUUAUGGUGGUGGAGCAGAGACGGGGCCGCCAGUUCUUGCCAACACAAGUCAACAACUUCAUGAGAAUAGCUGAGGAUAGGAGUCGAUCCAUGGUUAUGUCGAUCUCUACGCUGUUCAAGUACCUGGUGGCCGUCCCUAAAGGCGUCGGCAAGAUUAUCGGCAUCAGCUGUUUGGUGCCGUGUGUGACCAAGGCGCUGGGUACUGACCGGGUGCGGGAGAUGGUGCUCAACCGGCAGGACCCAGACCUUCCCCAGAGAUCCCGGGAACGUCUCCUCUCCUCCAUAGAAGGAACCCUCGACUUCGCCAAUACCAAGGAGAAGAGCAAGGCCAUCUGGGAAGGUACAAUGCGAGAGGUCAAUAUGCUGGCAGAAUUGGGCGGAAAGGCACCCAACCCAGUGAUGAUGCGGCUGGAAGGAAGGUCACAGUGUCAUCUUCUGGAUGAGGCCAAACCAGGCCGACCAUUGAUCAUCAACUUCGGCUCCUGUACCUGACCCACGUUCAUGGCCAACCUGGAGAGGUUCUGUGAGAUAACAGAGGAAUACUCCCAGGUGGCAGACUUCCUGAUGGUUUACAUCGCUGAGGCUCACCCAAGUGAUGGAUGGGCCCUCAAGGACAACAUCGAGAUAAACAAGCACAAAACUUUGGAAGAGAGGUUCUUGGCAGCACAAACAAUGUUGGACAUGGAGCCCUUGAAGUGUCCUGUCAUGGUGGAUCGUCUGGAAGAUGAAGCUAACAAUGCUUAUGGUGCUCUCCCGGAGAGGCUUUUCAUUAUCUUGAAUGGAGUUAUUGUUUAUAAAGGCGAGCAAGGACCCAUGGGUUACAAGGUGAAUGAAGCAGAAAACUGGCUGCAGAACCACAAACUACAAUUAAGAUAAAAUGUGGACAGUACAUAUGUUGGUCACCAGUAAGAAAAGUAAGAAACAAGACUGACAAUAACAACUGUGUCCAGCUAGGUACUUGUGUACCGAACAGCCAGUGGAAGAAACUGUCCAGCCAACAACAAUCACUGUCAUCUGUUGUGAUCAUUAAAGCUUUAUCAAAUUGUAUGGAACUGCUCAGAAAAUUUUUGUGAAAUAAUUUUGUUAAUUGAUGAACAGUUAAUGGUUAAUGUUAAUAUUAUUAUUAAGUUUGUUAGUGACCAGACAUUCCAUAAGAUAAUUUUUUUUCACAUUGAAAAUAUUUAUUAGUCAUAAUAAAGUGAACAAAUUAAAAAUAGCUGGCCAUCUUCCAAGAAUGUCUUAUUUUAUAACACAUGUACAGUACUGUACUGUGCUUCAAAUGUGUUUGCUCUCUUUCUCAUACCUUUGUUGAUGUACUCUGUGUACUCCAUUCACUAUGAUUCACAAUUUAGGAUAUAGUACUGUACAUUACUGAACUGAAUUUGGAAAUAUUCGUAAGUUUACAACUAUUGACACUGAAACAAUUGUAUAUACAGUAUAUAUAUCUUAAUGUGUUGCAAGAUCUAGGGAAUUCUGUAAAAAAUAAUCGCAUACAAUAUUAUGGAGUACUGAUGUUCUUGUCCCAACACUACUAAGCACACAUACAGACUUAAUGUUCAGUAAUAUUUAUGCUUUACAUAAUGAGAUGAGUUUAUGCUGUGGGUAAUCUCUUGGCUUAUACUGCCAUUAAUUUCUGGUUUUGUGUGUUAAGGUAAAUGUAUAUCUACCAGUAGUUUGAGUUAAUAUCAAUUAAUACCAGUGCUGGUAGUUUUAUCACCCUAGUUAUGUGUACAGUAAAGUUCGAGCAGAUUCCUCAGAAUUUUCCUUCUGUCGAAAGAUUAAAUAUAUUAAUGUGACAAUACAAAUGUAUCCAAUAGAUUAAGAUUCUCUCUGUCUUACGAGUCACUUUACUCCACUGGUGAGUACGGUACAAUAUAUCAAAGUUACAUGAUUAUGAUAAAGGUACUGUAGCAUGGGCUCAAUACAUCUUCAUUUUGUAAGUAGUAUUGUUAAAUUCUCACUGUAGAAGAUACAACACACAAUCGAGAGCACUGUAUAUUUUGUCCAUACAGUUGAAAUAUACGUACAGUGCUUUCAUUUUUGUUUUAAUUUCUUCUACAGUGGGAUUUCAAUGUUAGGAUUUAUGUUGGAUUACAUAGCUUCUUCAAUUAUUGUAUUACAUUAUAGAUACUGUUACACUGCAUUUAAAAUGGCCUUCUAUAGAUGUUACAUUAAUUACUGUAUUUAAAAUGUAAAUAAAAUUAUGGGUUUAGUCUCAUUGACAAUUAAAAUUUACAUAAAAAAUAGUAAUUAUGAGGCCAUGUGGACCAUAACUUCCCAAGAGCCAAAAAUGGAAAACACCAGAAAAUGUGGUUAAGUUUUGUAAAAUAGAACUCACUAUAUCUCAAAGUGAUUGUGAUAGUGCAAUUAUUCUUGUAAUAAAUUGGAGCUUACAAACUCAAGAUUAUGUUGCCAUAAAGAGAUACUAACAAUCUUGUCAUUAUUAUUAGUAAUCAUGAAAAUCAUCAUAGCCUUAGCAACUUAGAGACAUUAGAUUUUGAUGGAAUUUUAAUAUUUUGAUAUAGGAUACUCAUGUACAGUUCCCCACAGACCGCAGGUAGUAUAGUGUUCCACCCCUCGGUAUCCUUUCAGAACAUAUGGCCAACAAUAUUUUUUCGAUAAUAUUUGUUCUCGAGAUUUGUGCUAAGAGAUAAGAUACUUGCAAUACCGGUAUCUGUAAGGAAGGUUUGACAAUGAUACCGAUGAUGCUACAUGUUCAGAAAGGUCACUACCUGUGGACAACUGUACAUCAUAAUCAUAUCAGUACAGUACCCUAAACGUCCAAGAGAUUAUAGUGAUCACCAUAAUUUUCAUCUGAACUGCAUUUUCUGGCAAAAAAAGUUGUGUGUGUGUUGGAAAUAAAGAUAUGGUAAUACAAACAAAGAUUAUUGCAUGCAAAAUAAUGUACACACACACACACACACACACACACACAGGAUCACACAGUUCCCUAGACAUCACUCACUGCACGCUACCAUUGGGGCGUCUUAGCAUGGGGGGGAAGCACACCCCACACCAGCACUGUGAACUUACCCCCAAAAAACUUUUACUUCACGCUUCCUCGGCCUUGGAAUCAAGAGGCAAUAGGUGUGGGAAGAAGGGGCGACUUUUACAAGGUUAUGGUCCACAUAACCUCAUGUACUGUACUCUAUUGUUCAUCUUAAAUACAACACACCACUGAUUGAUUCUAUAAUUCAGGUACAGUACAGUACAGUAUGAGGAACAAAAGUAAUAAAUUACCCUCUAUGCCAGUUUGUUUUCAAUUUGCAGAGCUAUUGUGAAUCUUCCUUCUUUACUAUGUUUACCAAAUCACCACUCUCGGUAUAUGUAUAAAAAAAAAACAAUUCUUCAUUUCUGGGGGAUAAAAACAGCCUUGCAUUCCUUUGCUUCACCCAAACAGUCAGUAUGUGCACACAGGUAGUCUCCUACACCAAAGCCCAAGUCAGUUCCUUAUGAUGCUCAAGCCUAAAGGCAAGUAAGCCAGGUGUACAGCUGAUCACCUCACUCACCUGGGCUAUGAUGAAGGAGGCUACCUGUGUGGGUUUAUGGCUUUGACCUUCACCGGGAAAGGCAAUACGUAUUCUGUAAUCACUAAUGAUAUUUUGAAUACCAUAUUUACUCAUCAGUAAUAUAGUAGGUAAAUACCAAUAUUGAAAAAAAUAUAUAUUGUAUCAUUAAUAAUUAAACUCACACAAUCAAAA